AGGUUAUUUUUUUCUUGUUAGAAAAACUAAUUGUUGUUAUUUAAUAUUUACAAAAUAAUUUUUAAUUUAGUUAACGAAACGAAAUGUUACGCCGAAUCCCUUUACUAAUUGCACAACAAGUGCGUGGUAAUAACCAAGAAGUGGCACGAACAUUUGCUUCCUCAGCAGCCAGCGGAAAACAAGAAAAAUGGGAUUUAUAUGCCGGUGUUUUAGUUGAAAGAUUACCCGUGGUUUCUAAAGAAUUUAAUGAAAUUGAAAAGGAAUUCCAACAAUAUUUGUGGCGUGUAGAGUUUGAAAAAUCACUAAAAUCCAAUCAUGAAUUGCAGCACGAACGUGAUUUGAAACAGGCCGAACUUUUGAAAAAAGGACAAUUGGAAGUUGAUCUUGAUGAGUCUGCUUCUAAGCAAACAGCACAGGAUCUUAAAGAUGCUUACAUUGAGGAAUUAAAUAAAUUUAAAGUUGCUCCCCGUACCACGGCCGAUGAUGCUGCAAAAAAUGUAGUCUCCACUAACCGCCACUUGGAUGAGACUUUGUAUUUACUUGUAGAACACAAAUUGGGCUCUAAAAAUCAUUUGUUAUUACCCCAAGGUCUACGUCUCGACGGAGAAACAAUGAGACAAGCAGCUGAACGUGUUUUGCGUGAGAAAUGUGGUGAUAAAAUGAGUGUACAAUUUUAUGGCAAUGCUCCUUGUGGUUUUUAUAAAUACAAAUAUCCAGCUGCAGCUCGUGAUCAAAGUGUGGGAGCCAAAGUAUUUUUCUUUAGGGCCUCAUUGAAGAAUGGUAACGUAGAUCAGGCCAUUAGUAAGAAAUACGAAUGGCUGGAAAAGGAAGCAUUAAGUGGCAAAUUGAAUUCCUCAUAUAGUGAAAGUAUACAAAAGUUUUUGUUUUAAUUUUAUACAGUUAAUUAAAUAAAAAUUAUAAUGUUAUUUAAAUAAAUAUAGAAAAACAGUUAA